GAGGAGGAGGAGGAGGGAGGGGGGCGGGAGAGAUUAGUUUGGGAAGUAGCACGGAUUGCUCAUCCGAUCCGUGCAGCCGCAGGGAGUGUGUCAAGUUACAGAGGCGCCGGAAUCGGCCCCAGCGCUCCUCGCCAGCCGCCACUACCCACCUCUGCCCAUGGGGCCCUCCAUGUGCGCCCCUUCGCCCGGGGACUGAAACAGGCUGGCCCGGGAGACACGAGGCGCCCAGGAGGACUGACAGCGCGGCACCAACUGCUCUGCAGACUCUUAAAGGGAAAGACUGGGCGGAGAGAAGGAGAGCCGGUCAGAUUCCCCUAACUUUCCUGGACUUGGAACGUUCUUCGAAAUAACUUUUUUUCUCACCUAGGUGUACCCCAAUUACCGCUGGUUGUGCUUUUUCGGCCCUUCCCCUCCUACUGCUAAUUUUUCCGUCCUCUUUGCCGGGAGCAACGGAAAGGGACGUUUUCCAGCGAUACAAGCCCUUUCCCCCUUGCCCCGCAGUUUGGAUACAGCCUUUUGGCAGCAGCUGUCGCCUUUAUUUAUUCUAUUUAUUUAUUUAUUGGUUCUCAAGACGUGAGAGGAUGGUAGCGGAGAGCACCCACAAAGCGGCAGCCACUGGUGCCUGCGGCCCUAGGGAGUUGGGCGCGCCCGGGACGGUGGCUCUGGCGGCGGCGCGGGCGGAGCGCGGCGCACGGCCGCCGAGUCCAGGGUCGUGCGGGCUGCUGGCGCUGGCCCUCUGCUCGCUGGCACUCAGCCUGCUCGCCCACUUUCGGACGGCGGAGCUGCAGGCCCGGGUGCUGCGCCUGGAAGCGGAGCGCGGGGAGCAGCAAAUGGAGACGGCUAUUUUGGGACGAGUGAACCAACUGCUGGACGAGAAAUGGAAGCUCCACUCAAGGAGGCGCCGGGAGGCCCCAAAGACAUCUCCAGGAUGUAACUGCCCGCCAGGACCUCCUGGUCCCACUGGAAGACCUGGACUCCCAGGGGACAAAGGUGCCAUUGGGAUGCCUGGACGUGUGGGGUCCCCCGGAGAUGCUGGGCUGUCCAUCAUCGGCCCCCGCGGCCCCCCUGGUCAACCAGGCACUCGAGGUUUUCCUGGAUUUCCGGGUCCCAUUGGACUGGAUGGCAAACCGGGCCACCCAGGACCAAAGGGCGACAUGGGUCUGACGGGUCCCCCAGGACAGCCGGGACCUCAGGGACAAAAAGGAGAAAAGGGUCAGUGUGGAGAGUACCCACACCGGGAGUGCCUAAGCAGCAUGCCAGCAGCUCUGCGCUCCAGCCAGAUAAUUGCCCUGAAGCUGCUGCCUCUCCUCAAUUCAGUGCGACUGGCUCCACCCCCGGUCAUAAAAAGGCGGACAUUCCAGGGUGAACAGAGCCAAGCCAGCAUCCAAGGUCCACCAGGGCCCCCAGGCCCCCCUGGACCAAGUGGACCUCUGGGGCACCCAGGACUGCCAGGACCCAUGGGGCCACCCGGCUUACCUGGGCCUCCUGGACCAAAGGGAGACCCAGGGAUCCAGGGCUACCACGGCCGGAAGGGAGAACGGGGCAUGCCAGGGAUGCCCGGCAAGCAUGGAGCCAAGGGCACUCCUGGAAUUGCCGUGGCUGGGAUGAAGGGCGAGCCAGGGAUCCCAGGAACCAAGGGUGAGAAGGGGGCUGAAGGCUCCCCUGGGCUUCCUGGCCUCCUGGGGCAGAAGGGAGAGAAAGGCGAUGCUGGCAACUCCAUUGGAGGAGGCAGAGGGGAACCUGGCCCUCCAGGGCUCCCUGGACCCCCAGGGCCAAAGGGAGAAGCGGGUGUCGAUGGCCAGGUCGGCCCCCCAGGGCGGCAAGGAGACAAGGGGGAGCCUGGAGCAGCUGGAGAACAGGGACCAGCUGGCCCCAAGGGCUCCAAGGGAGAACCAGGGAAAGGAGAGAUGGUGGAUUACAAUGGAAACAUCAAUGAGGCUCUCCAGGAGAUCCGGACACUGGCCUUGAUGGGGCCUCCUGGUCUUCCUGGGCAAAUUGGCCCACCUGGAGCUCCAGGGAUUCCAGGCCAGAAGGGGGAGAUUGGACUGCCAGGCCCUCCAGGACACGAUGGGGAGAAGGGACCUCGCGGUAAACCAGGAGACAUGGGCCCUCCUGGUCCCCAAGGCCCCCCAGGAAAGGAUGGACCUCCAGGAAUGAAAGGAGAAAACGGGCACCCAGGGAGCCCAGGAGAAAAGGGAGAGAAAGGAGAGACAGGACAAGCAGGCUCACCGGGAGAGAAAGGAGAAGCCGGGGAGAAGGGCGAUCUAGGAGCAGAGGUUCCUGGGCCACCAGGGCCAGAGGGGCCUCCCGGACCUCCGGGGCUCCAAGGUGUUCCUGGACCAAAGGGGGAAGCAGGACUAGAUGGAGCAAAAGGAGAGAAAGGCGUCCAGGGAGAAAAAGGAGACCGUGGUCCCCUGGGACUACCCGGAGCUUCAGGUUUGGACGGCAGGCCUGGGCCACCGGGUACUCCAGGACCAAUUGGAGUUCCAGGCCCAGCAGGACCAAAGGGCGAGAGGGGCAGCAAAGGAGACCCUGGGAUGACAGGACCAACGGGAGCAGCUGGGCUUCCUGGUUUACAUGGACCACCCGGGGACAAGGGAAACCGGGGGGAGAGGGGGAAGAAAGGCUCUAGAGGGCCUAAAGGGGAUAAGGGAGACCAAGGAGCGCCUGGAUUAGAUGCCCCCUGCCCGUUGGGCGAAGAUGGCUUGCCAGUCCAAGGCUGCUGGAACAAGUGAUGCCUCUAACCUUGGAUUGGCCUGUGUGUGUGUUUGUACAUAGAAUAUUUAUUUUUAUACAGUUUUCACUUUUUGAAAAUGCCAGAAGGAUGAUGCAUCUUACAGAUUAUUAAAAAAGAAAGAAAAACCUGCAUAUUUUGUACAGAAAAUAUCAACCUCUUCCCUUUUCCCUUUUGUUUACAAGAUGUUUUGUAUAAACCUGUGUCUCUAAUACACUUUUUGUUUGUGAGUAUGGUCGUAAUGUCUGCAUGAUAUUUGUGCACACUUAUUAAGUAUUGAAGCUUAAUAAAUUAUUGUGUCCUGGUGCCAAAGGGGGCCAGCCAGAACUGAGGUGCUGGCUAGCUCAUGUGUGAAUUCACAUAAAUGUAGAGGUCCAUGAUAUUUGCUAAGCUAGGUGUGUCGAAGAGUAUUUUAAACCCUUAUGCAUUUUCAUUAUUUAAAAAAAAUGAAACAUGGCAAUUCA